AUGACAGCAGGAGCUCUGCGCCUCUGCCUCCUUCUGGCUCUCCAGCUGAGAUGCGUCAGCCCGCUGGUGAUCCCGCAGCACAGAGGGGCGGCGGGCAAGCAGGACGGUUUGGAUGCCACCAACGCGGCGAGUCAGAAGCUGGACGCGCUGUUCAACCUGAAGGAUUUACCCCGAGGACCAGCGGCGGCUCCUCGAAAGAAAGCGCCUCAGUUUAUGUUGGAUCUUUUUAACGCGGUGUCAGUCUCCGAUGGGACAAUGAAAAGCCAAAAGGAGAUUCUGGAAGGAAACAUAGUGCGGAGUUUUGAAGAUAAAGGUCGUGCUGGAGAGCAGUUUCACUUUUUCAACUUGUCAUCUUUCGGUAAAGAGGAGAGGAUGAUCAAAGCGGAGUUCCGCUGGUUCAGAAAGAAACAGAAGUUUUACCUCGGAAAGUCACAUAGCCCGCAUUUCUACAAGGUGGAUCUAUAUGAGGUGUUGGACAGCAGAGUGAAGCCGUGGAGAGGAAACCUCAUCAACUCCAGACUGGUGCCCUUGUACACGCAAGGAUGGGAGGUCUUCAAUGUCACUCAAAUAGCGUCCAAGUGGAUCCGGAACAGUCAUGAGAACAAUGGCAUCCUGGUGGUGACCACAUUUCCAUCUGGUAACUGGAUGGAUUCAGUGGUGCCGUCCUCUAAGCAGAAUGCAGAGUUGACAGACACAAACGCCUUCUUGGUGAUAUUCUCAGACGACGGGAGAUCAGCAGCAUCAAACCAGUCCUACCUGGGUAAGAUGGUGGGAGUGUCGUCCUUUGCCCAACCUGCAGCAGCACCUGAGCCCCAUCACAUCCGCAGCAGGAGGCGACGCGCAUCUUCAGGUUUCUUACCCGACGGCCGCCCCCAGUCCUGCCAGCGGGUUCCCCUCUUCGUUGACUUCGACGAGAUCGGCUGGUCGGGUUGGAUCAUCUCUCCCCGCGGAUACAACGCCCACCACUGCAAAGGCUCCUGCCCGUUCCCUCUGGGAGGAGGCCUCAGAGCCACCAACCACGCCACGGUGCGCUCCAUCAUGCACGCCCUCAAGCUCUACAGCGAUGAAGUUGGAGCCCCCUGCUGCGUGCCCGACAGACUCCAGUCCAUCAGUCUGUUGUAUUUCGACGACGAGGAGAACGUGGUUUUGAAGCAGUACGACGACAUGGUGGCGUUGAGCUGCGGCUGUCACUGA